AGGAUCUGUUCGCGCUGCCUUUAAGAUGCGUCUGUCAUCUCUCCGUUAAUGGAAAGUCAUUCUGGUUGUUUUUUUCCUGUGGUGCAGCUCUGUUUAGUCCAGCCUGGUCUAGGAGAAAAAAAAGGAAAAGAAAAGAAAAAAAGAAAAACGCUGGAGUGCAUUUUUUGUCGGCCGAAAAUCCAGGAAGGAAGGGGAGAGGACGAGCUCCGCGCGACAGACGGAAAUGAGGGGGGUGUCCAAAGAGGAAACUCUAUCCCUUUAAGAGCAAGUGGGACAUAGCGGUGCUAGAAAAGGAGAGGAGGGGGAGAAGAAAGAGGAAUUAAAAAAGAAAAGGAAGAAAGAGACAGGGAGGGAGGAGGGAGAGCGGGCGAUAAAAAAAGAAAGAUGACAUCCUCGCAGCUGAACGGCCGAGGUGGAGCGAUAGGCUGCGGCCCGGCGAGAGCGCCGCUCGCCGGGGUCAGGGCUUGAAUCUAACAACGAGGCUUCGACAAACACCCGAUUGGCCUAUUGAGGGAAAUCGGAAAAAUAGAUGCAUAAAUUAAAAACAAAGUAUGACCUGCUAUGCUACCAGAUACGUGUGUUAUAACCCAUGUUUGUUUUCAUGCGUAAAAAUGCAUUUAUUUCACGUAGAUUGUUAUAUGUGUAUUGCUAAAGUGUAAUACUUUUAAGAUGCGGAUUUUUGGUUUUGAAAGCAGUUUUUACGUGUGAUAUUGCGUUUUAGCCAGGUUAGUGUUAAAAGAAUUAAAGUUAAAAAACCAAAGUCAAAGAGAAACGGGCCGUUAUUGGACUUGGCCUGCUCCACUCUGCCUGUGGACUGCAGCCUGCAUUAGUCAACAGCUGCGUGCAUUUUAAUUGACAGCACUAGGCUACCUCAAUGAGAAAAACAUAUUUUUGCAGACGGCUUUAUUCACGUUUUUCAAGAGAAUCCAGGAGCCCGUAGUUUCUGCUGCAGGACAGGCGACUGUCAGCGCCUCAAGCAUCGGUGGGCCGAUCCACACCAUGCAAAGGCUGCUCUCCACGAUUUCAAUCAGGAGCUGACUUCAUAAUCUCCAUCGCUGUGGCGCAAAAUGGAUGCUGCUUGGAGCAAUUUUCUCUUCCAGAGUACUCCCACCCAAAACCAAGUGGAGGGGAGCCUCCAAUCAGAGCUCAUGCAAGUGCAUACGAGUUCUCCCCAGACCCCACCCACAGAGCACAUUGCACAGCCUCCUUCAACUGUGGACACCACUGCCCUCAGUGAGGAACCCCUGCCUGUGAAGCCAGUGUCUCGGCCAGGCCGCGUGCAACACAUCUGUGCCAUCUGCAACAAGCAGUUCAAGAACAACUACAACCUGCGGCGGCACCAGUCGGUCCACACUGGGGUACGCAUGAAGGACAGGGCCAGAGAGCAGGCGGAGGGAGCAAAGGAGGGAGCAGCUGGCCAGUUGGUGGCGGCGGCAGCGGCCCUGCCGGCGAUGGCGGUGGGGGCCGGAGGGAGGGCAGAGAGGCCCACUGUUCCCCUCUCUCUGCUGCAUCUCUCCGCAGCUCCCCCUCUCGCCCCUCCCGGCGUGCUGGCGGGUGCCCAGCAGCCUCUCCUGGGUGGUCAGGAUGGUGAAGGGGUUGCUAUGCCAAACGUAAUGGCUAGUAUUAACCCCCAUGCUCCGCCUCCUGCUGCUGUCGUCAUGGCCACAGGGGCGACAGUACAGCGACCCACAAAUCCCAACCCGAACCCUGUGAGGAAGAACCACGCCUGCGAGACGUGCGGGAAGGCCUUCCGAGAUGUUUACCAUCUCAACCGUCACCGCCUGUCCCACUCGGACGAGAAGCCUUUCUCCUGUCCUAUCUGCCAGCAGCGUUUCAAGAGGAAGGACCGCAUGAGCCACCAUGUGCGCUCCCACCAGGGUGGUGUGGAAAAACCCUACAUCUGCCCUCACUGCGGCAAGGCCUUCUCCAGGCCUGACCACCUGAACAGUCACGUCAGACAGGUGCACUCCUCAGAGCGACCUUUUAAAUGUCCAACUUGUGAGUCAAGCUUUGCCACGAAGGACCGCUUGCGUGCACAUAUGAUUCGUCACGAAGAGAAGGUGCCCUGCCACAUCUGUGGGAAGCUCCUGUCAGCUGCUUACAUCACAGAUCACAUGAGGGUGCACAACCAGUCUCAGCAUCAUGCCUGCCACCUCUGUAACCGCAGCUUCACCACACUGACUUACCUUCGCGUUCAUGCCCAGAAGCACCACGGGCAGGAAUGGAAGGAGAGUCCAGGGGGCUUUGGUGGCACGGCCUCUGGUGGGGUUCUCGUCUGCCACUUGUGCGGCGUCCACUGCAAGACACCCACCCAGCUCCAGGGGCAUAUGGGCACCCACAGCAACAACCAGGGUGCACCCAGCCCUGUCACCUCUAAUGUGGCUGCCAGCAGUUCUGUCUCCCUUAGCAACAUGGUGACAGGACCUACUGUCUAUGUGACCGGUAACACGGUGGUGGACCUGCUUGUCACAGACUGCUCUAGUAUUGCAGCACCACAAUCCCACAGUUAACGGUAGAGAGCUAACCCGAGUCCUUGAGAAGAGGGAAAACAUUAGAGAAGGCUGAAAUUACUUGUAGAUGCUGAUCCAGUUUCAGUUUAGUCAUGUUCUCAUUUAUGGUCAGGGUUAGGCAUAGGGAUGGGGGAGAUUAACACAUGUGAGCACACAAGGACAGUUUCACCUCAGUGCUGCAGAGUAAAGUAGCAAGUAGGAAGAGUCGUAUUACUAAACUAAAGUUGUGAAAAGAAGGCUGCAGCAGGUUCACUGACACUAAUGACAAACAUGGAUGUGUUGUCAAGUUAUUCCUGAAUGCUCUUGUUCAUUUCAGACUCCAGUGAAACUGGUUUUAUGAGCAUCUGCUGUACUCCUCUCCCCUCUCAGGCCUCUCUUUGUCUGUCCUUCACCUCAAUCCUUUUUGGCAAUGGCUGCUCUCUGCAAGUGCACCAAGUACUGUAUAUCUCACACCAGCUCUGAUCUUACCUCCAUUUUUGCAGCUCAAUUAACUGAGAAUCCAAAUGGCUUGUGUUAAGUUGCAGGGAGAGAAUAGCUCUCAAAAAAAAAAGAAGAAGAAGAAAAACAUUAGAAGGGAAGUUGUGUGUUUGGGUGUGUGUAAGUUUGGGCUCCUCUCACAUGUUUUUUUUCUUUCACAAAAUGGAGAUCAACAUUUGAUUUGAACUGUAAAGCUAGUUCACUAAGUCUUUACUAAUGUGUUAAUUGAUCAGGACAGAAGACCAUACUGCACAUGCUGUGAAUGGUAUGGGAUUGUGGGAUGUGUAUUUGUUUCCUAAAGGUACAGAAACAAACGGAGGGUUGUGUUCAGGAGAGUCAAGCACCUUAAACUGUUGUAUUCAGUUAGGAUCAAGGUUUGAGCUUUCUUGGAUUGUCUUGCUCUGAGUCUUCCUUUCUGGGUUUGGCCUUUAAAAAAACAAGAAAGAAACAACUGCUAAUCAACACUUCAGCCUCUGACAUGGCAAUUCUUGCACCUGAGAACUACCUUUUGCAUGAAAACAAGCUAGCUCGGUCAUGCUUAUUGUUAGGGAACUGUCAUGGCAAAAGAAAAAUUUAGCAGUUCCACUAAGUUAGUUAGCUGUAAACGAUAAUAUUUAUGAAAAUGUUGCUUUUAUUCAGACAUUUUUGACAUUGUUUGCCAUUCAUUUGAUUGUAACUGUCAUUGCCAUAGUCCUCUGUUCUCUCUAUGUACCAGUCCAAUGAGUGAAACUUAUGCAUUAGAUUUAGUCAUUUAACUCUCUGUAUAGCACACGUUUUGAACGCAAGUCAUUGUCGUUCUGAAUCAAUCAUGUAACAAACGGCCACUUGUUCAUUGGACAUUUUAGUUACUUUGAGUUAAAUUGUGAAGGACGUGUGGUGUCGAAAGGGCUUAUAAAGCUACGAGUCAGGCAAAGAAGCAUAAUAAGGGUUGGCAACACCAUGCAGUAUGCUGUAAACAAAUCCUGGUUUUGUACUGGAGUGCUUUUUCAGUUCUGUGUUAAUAUGUUACCUUGGAAUUUGUAGAGUUUUCUUUCUUUCUUUCUUUUCUUUCAUUUUCUUUUCUUUGGGAAUGUGUUCUUCCUGUUGAGAAAUUAGUGAUUUUAUUACAAGUUAAUUUUAGGUUGUCUUCAUCACACUAAGAAAAAAAAAGAUAACAAUACCUCUAUUCUAGGAUUCUGUACAGCUCUUGUGAUACAUCUUAAUGCCUUAUCGUACUCAACUGCAUUUUAAUUCUUUUAUGAAAAAAUAUUUCAAAUCUUAGUCAUGGAUUCAUUAAGAAUAUUAAUGGGAUGUAUUUAUAUUUAUAUUUUUAUAUUUCUCAACAGUAUGCAUGUCUAAAAAGGUUGUUAGUGCAAAAAAAAAGUCAAUGAUGCUUACUACAGUCAUAAAUAUGUUUUUUUUUUUUUUUGUAGAUGAAGUAGAGAUCAUG